GAGUCAUAUGCAAGGAUACUAAACUAGGAACUUCUUUUUUCACAAAUCUAGAGCUCGCACGGACUGUAGAUCAGUGACGGACCACUUCCGGUUUUGGAAUAAACCAACAUGGCGUCCAGCGCGGAGGUGUGUGAACCAGCUCGUGAUGAGGAACCGACAGAAAGUGUAGCAUCACAGAAGAGAGAGGAAAGGCUGAGGAAGUUCAGAGAGCUUCAUUUAAAAAUGAACGAGGCACAUAAGCUGAAUCAUAAAGAAGUGGUGGAAGAGGACAGGCGCCUAAAACUGCCCUCCAACUGGGAGGCUAAGAAAGCUCGACUCGAGUACGAACUCAUGGUGGAUGGGAAGAAGAAGGAUUGUGCCGACCGAGGCGAGGAUUACAACCGUGUGAAGCUGUUGGACAUCAGCGCUGAGGAUGCUGAAAGAUGGGAGAGGAAAAAGAAGAAGAAAAACCCUGAUCCUGGCUUCUCAGGGUACGCCGAGGCCCAGCUGAGGCAAUACCAGAGGCUCACUAAACAGAUAAAGCCUGAUAUGGAAGACUACGAAAGACAAAGGGAGCAAUACGGUGAAGACUUCCAUCCGACCUGCAACAGUCUGAUCCACGGAUCGCACGUUCCCUCUAGAGAAGCCAUCGACCGCAUGCAGGAGGACAUCGAGAAACAAAUCGAGAAGCGCUCCAAGUUCAGCCGGCGCAGAGCCUACAACGACGACGCCGACAUCGACUACAUCAACGAGAGGAACGCCAAGUUCAACAAGAAGGCCGAGCGCUUCUACGGAAAAUACACCGCAGAGAUCAAACAGAACCUGGAGAGAGGAACCGCAGUGUAGCUGGCAGAGUUAUUCUCAAGACCAAGAGCUUGUGUGUCUGUUUUUUUUUUUUUUUUUUUUAUUUCUCAGUGCAUUCGCUGACCCUGGGGGACCCCCUGCCCUCCACAUUGUCGUGUUUUUCCUUCUCCAUCACACCCGCUUCUAUUCAGAAAAGCCUGUUAAUUAGCUGAUUGAUUAAAUCAGGUUGCCAGGAAAAUGCUAACACAUGCAGGGCGGGGCAGGGGGAGGGGCUUCUCAAAGACCAGUGAUCUAACGGUGAUCAGCCUGAACUGAUCAUUUUAGUGUAAAUAAAUACUGUUCAUGAUUUUUUAUGCUUCUAGUCCAGUGUGUGAAAAAAGGCUUUUUUGUUUUUUCUUUUUGUUUGUUUUGCUGUACUUAAUAAAAAUGUUCAGUUUUACAAUUGCGCGUGUGUGCAGAAAUAGCUGAGCAUGAUAUCUGCCAGACUGAAAGUAUCACCAUUCCACACGCAGCCAUGAUUUAUGUUUGCUCUGUGUGUCGGAAUUACUGGUUUGUUUUUGUUUUUUUUGUGCUCUGUAAAAAGGUUUUGUGGGACUGGAGCAACCGGAUCAAACAACAAUUAAACAAAAAGAAAGUGAGAACUAAAUCGUGACUCAAACUAGAAAACUAGGUCCUGGGCAAUACUUCCGUAUUAUUUAUGGAAUGGACUGAUUGAUCGUUUGUUACGUGUGAAAACUUUAGGAAGGAAGGAGUCUCCAGUGUCGGCUUACAUAUCAAGAAUAAUAUAGAGAAGGUGAUAAAGGAGCUAAAUUGUUUCUGGAACAUUUUAAAACAUCUAAAUGCAACAAUAAACAGAUAAAUGUAUACAAAAA